CAUUUCUUGGCAAACGGAGCAGGGUGAGGCAGAAUGCUGCUUUCUGUGAGGAUCCUGGUCUGUCUGUUUCUGUACACUCAGCAAGGUCAGGGGGAUCUGAGUUGUCAGAUCAACCAGAAACAAUUAAUGAUUGUGGCCGUGGUAAAUGAAAAAGUGAAGAUUUCAUGUGAGUACAGCUGCCACCUCAAACCUCAGCCAGGUAAGCAGACUUCAUCGCCAGCAAACCCUGUCAAAUUCACCGUGAGACUGUACAAGGACUACCAGAAUCAGACUGUCAAAUCGUUAUCAAGACAAGCAGUUGAACCCCAUCUCAAUGUGGCCUGGGAGAAGAGAGUGAAGCACACAGGGGAUAGUGGAGUCUAUUACUGCACAGAUUCCUACAGGACAACAUCAGGGACACUCCUGCAAGUGAAACAUGCUGUUUACGUGAAGACUUCUUUCACCCUGCAGUACAUCCUCGGAACUAUUUGCAUCAUCCUGGCAUUGUACAGUGUCACUGCUACAUUGGUGGUACUCAUCAAAAGGAAGGUUUGUAACAGGUGUAAGGUUUGCCUGAUGAAACCUGCUAAUCCAGACACAGUGCUGCAGGCUCAGCUCCCAGAAAGUGUACAACUGUUUAUCAGCUUCUGCCAGGGUAUCCAGUCUCUCAGGACUAACUUCAAACUUUCCUACAGCCGUCUGAUAUCACCCAACUCUGAAUCGCAGCAAAAUAACAGAUCACAUAGCACAGAGGAUACUACUGAAGAUGCCUACAUGGCCCUGCAGAUACACAAGGUAUCAGUGUACAGCUCCCUACACAAUGACAGAUCCAAAAUGCAAGCUUCAUCUCAAAGAAAUAAAGCAUCAACGAGUGCUCAGAAGGUGCAGUCUCAGGCCCAGGAAGAUGUUUACGAGUGCGUUUAUGACAGUUUCUGAAGCAAAGGUCCCCCAUAGGAAAUGGAAGGAGGUGCAGCAUCCCCCCACCUACCCCAACCACCAGAUGCGAUCACGGAGCCUGGUGUGAGCUGUACCUAUUCCCCAGGCUGUGGCCCUGACACAUGGUGCUAUUCCAGAUGCUGUCACACACAGGAUCCCCCUCCACCCCCGAGAAUGUGAGUCUGCCUCUGUCAGGGGGCGCAGUGUCAGGGCUGGGCUGACAAUUCCAUCAAACCUCGUGACCAAACUCCAUUGAUCACAGGAUUAUAAUGGUGCAUAGGAGGCCAUUCAACCCAUCGUGUCUGCUCAAGCUCUCUGAAGGAGCAUCAUGACUUUGUGACUAUCUCCUGCCUUUUCUCCGUGAACCUCCACCAUUCUUUCUAUUGAAAUUACCCAAUAAUAUUAAAGCCCUCAGUUGAACAUGCCUCUGCCAUUUUUGCAGACAGUGCAUUCCAGCCUUAAAUUCCUCACCCAGUGAGAAAAGUUUCUUUCUCACCACAUUUGUCCCUUUUGCAAACUACUUCAGAUCUGUGCAUCCUCCUUCUCAAACCUUUUAUCAGCAACAACAGCUUCUCCCUAUCCACUCUGUCCAGAUUCCUCAUUCUAUCAAAAUCUCCUCUUAGCCUUCUUCUCUCAAAGAAGAACAGUUCCAAUCUCUCCAACCUAUCCUCAUUACUGAAGUUUCUCAUCCCUGGAACCAUUCCUGUAAACUGUUUCUGCACUCUCUCCAAUGCAUUCACAUCUUUCCUAUAUCGUGCCACACACAGCUGUACACAAUGCACCAGCUGAGGUAUAACCAGCAUCUUGUACAAGUACAAUAUCACCUCCUUGCUCUUGUAAUUCUGUUUUAACUUUUAUUUCAUAAAACUGAAUUGACAGAAUAUAUACAGGCACACAUACAGACACAGUUAAACCUCCAUAUACACAAAUGUACACAGAGCACAUGCAUUCACUCUUACGGUAUUAUUCAUAGCCAUUUUCUUCAGAUGACUAGAUAUCCCACUCUCCUGACUCACUGCCUUUCUCUCUUUUCAAACCUUUAGCCUUUGAUCCAGCCAUAAAUAUCAAGGAUGCCUUUCAGACGUGUCUCCACAUUAAAGUCAGAAAAUAAACACAAUUUGCGGAUAUCU